AUGUUUAUCGAGUUCCGUACAUCAAAGUCUAGUCUGCACAAGUCCAGGGACAAGGUUUCCGCAGACGAGGCUGAAGAGAGGCUGCUUCAGAAGGAGGAGGAAGCCAAGAUCACGACCAGGGUGGAUAUGGCAGACGCCAAGUAUGUGGUCGAAGAUCAUAGGAAUGGGGACGCUAAGAUUGAACUGGAUGCGAAUAAGAGGUUUACUGGCCUGACCAAGGAGGAGCUCAUGAAGUAUGCAGAGGAUCCGUUCUGGGUCCGUCUCCGCUGGUUCAUGUUCGUGUUGUUCUGGUCCCUGUGGCUGUGUAUGUUGGCCGGGGCCAUAGCCAUCAUAGUGAGAGCUCCACGGUGUGUCGCGCCGGAACCUAAGACUAGGUAUGAGACAGGUCCUCUAUUAGACCUGGACCUUGCAGACUACACUACAGCUGAGUCUCACCUGGAAACACUCCAGCAGUUCCAGGUAUCCGGGGUGUUUGCCUCCGCCUGUCAGACGACAUACGAGGUGCUCGAAGACAGCUCCUGUCUGGAUAAGUUCAAACAGUUUGCUGAAAAAGCCAAGAAUUAUGGAAUCAAGAUCAUAGUAGACCUGACAGCCAACUUCGUCCCCACCAGCCAUCCUUGGUUCCAGCAGAGUGAGAACAGUUCAGAACAGUACUCGGAAUACUUUAUUUGGGUGAAGAGUGAUGAACAUGACCCUGAACUAAACACCUCGAUACCCAAACCACCUAAUGAUUGGGUGUCCACUGUGAAUACUGGUGCUUGGUCUUGGAGUGACAAGAGGAAGGAGUUCUAUCUCCAUCAAUAUGGUGAGGGCCUUGCCGACCUCAACUUCCACAACCCUAACGUAGUCAAACAGUUUGAUGAGGUCAUUAGACUGUGGAUGAAGGCCGGAGCAGGGGGCAUCAGGUUACACAACGUCCGUCAGCUGUUAGUGAGCACUCCUCCCCUGUCUGAGUUGCCUCACACGGGCGCCGGGAGCACUCCGGGGGCUGACCACUCGCAGUACCCGUUCUGGAAACACUCACGGACCUCCGACCAGCCACAGCUGGACCCGCUGCUGGCUCACUGGUCAUACAUCGUGGAGCAGGCGUCCUCUGAGCCGACGGUGUUCACGUUAGCGGAGCCCUCCCGCCCGGAGCUGUUCAUGCUGCAGAGGAACACGAGCUGUCUGCGGCCGCCCAGCGGAGCACCCCUCGACCUGGCGCGCACCGGGGCCGCCAAGCUGCUCGCUGAGAGACUGCCACGGUGGCCCGCCAUAAAGUUGACUGAUGACAAGCCGGACGAAGAGACAGCCGUGUUCUCAAUGUUGUUACCGGCCGCUCCUGUUAUGGUCCUGGAACAACUGGCAGGAGAUGAUAAUGAUACUACACCCAGCGAGAGUUUGAAGCACGCGAUAUCUCUACGUACUGACGCCAGCAUCCAACACGGAGCGUGGGUUGUGACCGACGCGCCCGUACAUAACUCCAGCGACACGAUGCUGGCUGUGGCCAGAUGGAAGGCGGAUCACUCCGGGUACGUGUCGGUGUAUAACCCCGGCGCUCCUGGCGUCGUGUCUCUGUCCUCAGUCCGCUCCUUACCGUCAUCACUGGCGGUACAUCACGUGUCAAAGAACACUAAGCUCGCUUCAAAUUACACCAGUAACCAGUCCGUGGACACAGAGAGCGUGUUUGUUCCGGGCAAGUCGGCGGUCAUCUUCUCGUACGUGCCCAAAGACGGCGCUGAAAACUAA